UGCAGAGCGCGGCAGCUGGGUGUUGGUAUAACCCACAUUGAUGUCUGCUGUCCUGCAACAUAGCAUACAAUAUAGCAUACCUGCCCGCCUACCACGGCGCCAUAUUGCCAUUCCGUAACCACGCCGUACAUGCGCAGGCUUCUCUCAGUCAUGGCAGCUAGGAAACCGCGCCAAUUCGCCCCUCUGAGGCCCGGGGCUUCCUCAGAGGGGUCCCCGGCGCUGCAGGGUGUCGUUUUCGACGUCGACGGAACUUUGUGUAAACCUCAGAACUACAUGUUCGCCGAAAUGCGUGCAGUGCUCGGCAUACCGAAAAGCGUCGACAUUCUGGACCACAUAUACGCCCUGCCCACGCCUGAAGCGAGAGAACAGGCCAUGGAGUCCAUACGAUCUAUUGAGCGCACCGCCAUGGUGAACCAGGUCGCGCAGCCGGGUCUUGUCGAGCUCAUGAACUACCUGGACUCGCGCAAUAUCCCCAAGGGGAUAUGCACCCGCAACUUCGAGCAGCCCGUGGCGCACCUCCUGACCAAGUUCCUCGCCGGCUCGCGCUUCGAGCCCGUCAUCACGCGGGAGUUUCGUCCGCCAAAGCCCCAUCCGGCCGGAAUAUUGCACAUUGCAAGGUCAUGGGGCUUGAUCGGGCAAUCGGCAAACACCGACGGCGAUGCCGCCGGCGACGCAACCAGGUUGAUCAUGGUAGGCGACUCGGUUGACGACAUGGCUGCCGGCCGCCGUGCUGGCGCCGCCACCGUGUUGCUAGUGAACCAGGUCAACGCUCACUUGGCGGAACAUGACGACACUGAUCUGGCGAUAACGAGGUUGGAUGAGCUCGUUGGGAUCCUGGAGGAAGGUUUUAGAUGCCGAGCAACAGCUUCCGCUGCCAUGGCUUGAUUUCGCUCGCAGCGAGCCUAGGGCUCCAUAUCGAGUCAUCGCGUACACCAGAUACGCCCCUACACCUAGCGUCUAGACAGCAGGUAUAUAUCUCACCUACCUAGGUAGUUGUGGGGACCUCUUUCAAGCAAGCCUAACUGUUGGGGAUGCUUGUAAGUGAUCGGCAAGAUCUUGUUGGUUUUUAGAGACAUCUGUGCGUUAAUCCGUUGUAUGACAAGUGACAAUAUGACUUUGGAAUGGGAUAUCGAUAUAGAGCCUUCUGAGAGUGAGGGCACGGAGAAAAAUAACCAUGAG